AUGGGCCCCCUCCCUACAACGACCGUGUACGAGUGCCCGGGCCCUCCCAUCGCCUACUCCUCCGUCUCCUUCUGCCACCAAACUUCGCUCAAAGCGCCCACGUCCGUGGCUUCUUCGUUCGACAGCGGCGACUCUUCCUUCUCCAGCGGCGACGACGCUCUCCCCUCCGCACAAUACCAGAACGUGGAGAUGAUGGGCACGACGGCCAUGGGCGCAAUGGCCGAUACCUUCCUGCGGUCGAACGAUCGCGACGAUGCGCCGCCGCCGCCGCUACCCGGACGAUGGACGAGGGUAGCAGCCAAGGUCAGGAAUGGCGAUGGGGUCAGGGAUUGUGAUGGGGCGGCAGCGACAGAGGCGGCGACGGACCUCGGCCGCUGCGUCGCGACAAUCGGCGGAGCCCACGGGACGCCCGAGUGGCUGGAUGACCCCGCGCGCUUCACGUGCGCCGUCAGCGCGCCCUCCAAGCGCAGCAAGUUCGGCGGCAUCAAGAGCUACCUGGCCUACGAGCUCACGUCGUCGUCGGCGGCGGCAGCGGCCGACUCGCCGGCCCCCUCGUCCGUGUGGCGCCGCUACAAGCAGUUCACGUGGCUGCGGGCGCGCCUCGAGGAGAAGUUCCCCGCAGUGGUGGUGCCGCGGCUGCCGGGGACGCUGCCCGCCGCGGCGCGCUACGCGCCCGAGUGCGUGCGGCGACGCGUGGGCGAGCUCUCGCUGUGGCUGGAGCACGUCACGGGCCACCCCGCGCUCGCCGGGUGCGACGUCUUGCGGCACUUCUUGACGUGCGGCGACAACGUGGAGGAGUGGAAGGGCGGCAAGAGACGCGCCGAGCGAGACCGCCACGUGGGCCACACCUUCUACCUCGGCGUCGACGUCCGAUGCUCCGCCGACCUGCAGCACGCGGAGGAGCUGGGCAAGUCCAUGAAGCUGUUCCACGUCAACGCGGAGAGCAGCAUGGCCGAGCUUCGCCAGGCCACGUGGCAGGCGGCGUCGCAGUGGCGCGACGGUGGCCGCCGCUCCUACGAGCGCCUGGCGCUGGCGCUAAACCAGCUGGGCGCCACCUUCUCAGCGCUGGCCACGCUGCCGGGUCCACCCGCCGCCGCCGGAGGUGACGCUGGAGGUGGCGCUGGAGGUGGCGGGCUCGGCCCGCUGGGCAACGCGCUGGUCCAAGCAGGAAACGCCAUCCGGGCGGCGGGGCUAGCGGCGACCGCGCACGCCAGAGCCGACACGGAGCCGCUGAACGAGGCCGUGAGCUUCUACGGCGGCCUGACCUGCGGCCUCCCCGAGCUCCUCAAGCUGCACAACAGCGCGCUGUCACGGGCCAAGGACGAACAGAGGCGGCGUGCGGCCGGCAGGGCGGCAAACCACCGAGCCAACACGGUGCUGUGCGUGUGCAUGGCGGAGGAGCUGGAGGUGUCGAGAGCCGGCGAGCGGAUCUUCAAGCGAGCCCUCGCCCUCUUCCUGGAGGGGCAGCUCGCCUUCCACCGUCACAUGGUCAAGGAGCUGGAGGAGUGCCUGCAGGCCUGCGCGUACGAAUGAACGCCCACAGUCGUCCCACGUCUCGUACGGGCGACCACGAUAGUCGCGGAGCUUCGCACUGCGAGCACCAAGGCCGCCCUGGGGCAACACGGCGGGCGUACUCGCCGUCAAUGUAAAUAUGCAACAUUUGUACGUUCCGUGACGUUUUUAAAGAUUAGGGGCCAGUGUUUCGCGGCGCCGCGGCCCAAAAUUGAGCAAAUUUGAAAAGGAAAAAAAGCUGAAAUCGAAUGAAUGUUUGAAAUGCGUAGCAACAUCGCCACCCCAAUUGCAACACUUUGCCAGGAGUCUCAGUGAGGUUUUCCCGUGGAAAUACAUUUUAAGAAUGUUAGACACAACGAAUGAUGCGGCUUGAAUGGCUCACUGGUCCAAGUAGCCACGUCAAUGUCCCGAGGCGAGGGCCUGCCGAGACUCUGGGUUUGGGCCACGCCGUUUUCCCAGUGGCUACCGCAGUCGUGACCCACGUUCGGCCCGGUAGUGUCAGCCGAGUCACCUAGGCUCCCCGUACGCCCUCUAUGCUAUUCUUGGUGUCCUCCCGCACCUCCGAUUAACACGGUUGGCUACGUACGGUGCGAAAGAAGUUCAACGUGCAUACUCCCAAAUUCCUCUCCAACAGGCAUAACAUUGCCAAUAGCAGGUUGAAUAUUGUACACGAGGCUCAAUUUAGGUUGGUUCAACUCGCGCGACAGCACGUUCAAUUAUCAAGCGCCAUCGGUGUACACGGGGCAGGAAUCUGGGGUGCUAUGUAUACAUUGCUGUCUUUACAAAGAUUCACCGUAUAGCCUUAACAGACUUUUUGGGCAAUUGCUACUAGCGAGUACCUAUUAAAGCAGGAAGGGCACACCAGGGGGUGGGUGACCAUCACCAUGCCCGGCUGCCUUUGUCCCACCCUCAGGACCGGUUAAAAUAUUUGCCGUCACUCUUAUUAGUCACGAGCGGGAAUCGAACUCGGGUCGCCGGAUUUGUAACGCGAGUGGACUAACCGCUGCCACCGCUCCCCCGCAGAGCAUGCACGCACGCACACACACAGAAGACAGACUUCAGGUUUAGAAAAAAAUGACUGCACAUUUAUUGCUACCAAUGUUAUAUACACAUGACAGUUGAUGCAACUGUAGCCAAAAAAAGAAAUGAAAAAAAAGAAAAUAACAAUUUAAAAAUAUAUAAUUAUAAUAAAAACGAAGAACGAAUGGAAGAUAGGUUGUACGGUAAUUCAGGACGGCCGUGUAAUACCGGAUAGGUGUUUCAUAAACGCCACCACUUCGGGACCCAGAUUGUCCCUACACAGAACUUAAGGCUUCUAUUGUAUGCCACUCUGUCGUGUCCGAGUAAGCAUCGUAUAUUUUGGAGCACACAGUAUGAAUCUGAAACGAAAAACUACAUCCGUAGGCACUAAAGCUACAUUAGCCUAAAAACAGCACACCAUUGCUUUAUUUUAUUCUUCUUUCGUAAAUGAUAAUGCAUACAAUACAGUUUGGUAGUUUACCAUAAUGCUAUUGCCAAACCAUACCUAGGAUUCCUAGCUAUCAUAGUAAAAUAAAAGUAACAUUUUUUUUGUAUUUUUCUUUUUUUACUUAUUAAGAUAUUUUUUUUCAAAACUAUAAAGGGUAAUGGUUAUAACAAUCUGUGACGAAAAAAAGUUGUAUCCAUGUUUCCCCUUCCACAGUCUCGACAUUUUCCUUUCAUCAUAAUUAUUACAAGGUUAAAAGGGACAUUAUAUAUAAAAAAAAGAAAGCUAGAAAGGCUAGCUACGCGGGGAAAAUAAGUCCCCAACAAAAAAAAGCAUUUCGUUUCUCGUUAUAAAUGAAAAGCAAUGUACAACUUUCAAAACUCGGUCGCGCGAAAAAACCCCGCGCGGCCGUGCGAGUGGCGCACGAUCAUUUUAGGAACUGUGAUUUUUUUUUAAAAAACGUCGUCAUCAUCGUCGUCGUCGUCACCACCUCCUCCUCCGUAUACAAUCCUCCCCAAUUUUUUUGCUUGUUUUCAAAAUACCGCUGGCCACCCCUUUCUCAAAAUGCACGUGUCAGUUGUGUCCACAAAUACUGAAAUGGAGACGAAA